CUUGGUGUCGGCGGUGUAUCCCUUCUGGUACCUCUCUACCAAUCCGAAAUGGCCCCCAAAUGGGUCCGAGGUACUCUAGUCUGUGCCUAUCAACUAUCCAUCACAUUUGGCCUUCUUGCCGCCUCCAUCAUCAACAUCAUCACCUCACGUCUCGACAACUCAUCAGCAUAUCGCAUCCCCCUCGCUCUUCAACUCGUUCCUGCCCUCAUCUUGACCGCUGGUCUCCUCCUCCUACCCGAAACUCCUCGCUUCCUAGUCAAAAAGGGACGACACGAGGAAGCCGGCCUCUCCCUCAGCCGGUUACGACGACUCGACAUUACCCAUCCUGCCCUGGUAGAUGAGCUACAAGAAAUUGUAGCAAAUCAUCGCUAUGAACUCACUUUAGGCCCGGAUAGCUACAAAGAGAUUUUUGUUGGAUCCCCGCACCUCGGACGACGUACCUUUACCGGCUGCGGCCUGCAGAUGCUUCAGCAACUCACAGGAAUCAACUUUAUCAUGUACUACAGCACAUCCUUCUUCGAUGGAGCUGGCGUUGAGAGCCCAUACACCAAGUCGCUCAUCAUCAACGUCAUCAACGUCGUGUCCACUCUUCCUGGGUUGCUCGUCAUUGAGCACUGGGGUAGACGGAGACUUUUGAUGAUUGGUGCCCUCGGCAUGGCUGCGUGCCAGCUCCUGAUGGCAUCCUUCAACACUGCCACAGGGGAUGACAUGAAGAAGAUAUCACAGACUAUCCUGGUCACCUUUUGUUCCGUCAACAUCUUCUUUUUCGCUGCGUCAUGGGGCCCCGUCGUCUGGGUUGUCACAUCCGAAAUCUAUCCCCUCAAAGUCCGAGCCAAGGCCAUGUCUGUAUCCACCGCGUCUAAUUGGGUCCUGAACUUUGCCAUUGCCUACAGCUCUCCCUUCAUGCUCGGUGACGGGCCCGGGGGUGCUGCAUUCGGACCCAAAAUAUUCUUCAUCUGGGGUGCGUUCUGUAUCUUGGCCGUCUUCUUUGUAUGGUGCAUGGUGUACGAAACCAGCAAGAUCAGUCUAGAACAGAUUGACGAAAUGUACGAGCGGGUGAAUCAUGCGUGGAACAGCAAGGCAUUCCAACCGAGUUGGAGUUUCCAGCAGAUGCUCGACGAAGGAUGGUCCCCUAGCGCCCAGCCGCCAGUCGAUCACGAACUACAAACGACGACGACUGCAUCGAGCGCGGACACGACGCUCGGCGACGGCGAUUCAUCAUCAAUCACCGUGCAUAAUUCCAACAGCAACAGCAACACAGCGUCAAACGACCAGAACAAGGCCCCGCCUGUCAUGGCGAAUGUCGACUUCAGCUACUAGGUCACGCGGCUCGUGCUCGAAUCUCUUUGUCUAUAUUAUGUGUCUUCUGGCCGUCGUGUCACAUAGGGAAAUCAGCGAUGGAGUUACGACGAGGUGGAGUUUCGAGGGGUUCACGUGCUUUUUAUCUCCAAGUUUUUGGUCUUGUUUUUUGUCUCUUCUACUCUUUAUAUCCUAUACGUCUUGUUUUUUUAUAUCGGGAUCUUCACCACCCACCGGGACGGGUUCACUCAGGGAAUACGGGUACUUGGUAAGAGGACUGGAUACCGCCCUCAUCUUUUUCGAAUUGAGGUUACCGUCGUUUCAGGGAUUUGUUAUGCCGUCGAUGAUUGGGAGUCCGGAUACCCCCGUGGGCAGCGACUAAUUGUCGGGGAAGAGGUAUGGCGGCUGGUUGACGCAUGGGCGACGAAUUUUUGGGUAACAGACAUGCCGUGCCAUGCUAUAGUGUCUGAAUACCUGUUCAAAAAAUAUACAGCAUUCUUAAA